AUGACGAUUGCUGAAGGUGCCUCGUCUGGUGGUACCGCUAGCGCGAACCCCGAGCAUGGUAGUCGUCUCGAGCUAGACGCUCUGGUAGUCGGAGGUGGCUUCUCCGGCUGCUAUAUGCUUCACAAGCUGCGCGAUGAACUCAACCUGAACGCGAAGCUCUUCGAAGCGGGCACCGCAUUGGGCGGCACAUGGCACCGGAACCGAUACCCGGGCGCUCGCGUCGACAUUGCCGUCCCGGGGUACGAGUACUCGAUGGAGCAGAUCUGGAAUGACUGGAAGUGGACGGAGAAGUACCCGGGGCAGGCAGAGCUGCAGGCCUACUUCAACCAUGUCGAUAAAACGCUGUCUCUCAGCAAGGACUGUUACUUCAGCACUGAAGUCUGCGAUGCCCGUUUCGACACCGAGAGCGCGACUUGGACGGUCAGCACUAAGGACGGCAAAUGCGCGCGCGCGAAAUACCUUAUUGUCGCGGUGGGCUUCGCAGCCAAGCAGCACGUCCCUGACUGGAAGGGGCUGGAUACCUUCGCUGGUGACAUCUACUACUCCGCGAACUGGCCAACGGAGCAAGUCGACGUCCGCGGUAAGCGCGUCGCUGUCAUCGGCACCGGAUCGACUGGUAUCCAGAUCAUUCAGGAGUGGGCUAAAGAUGCGGCCGAGACGACCGUCUUCCAGCGCACGCCUAACACUGCGCUUCCUAUGUGCCAGUCGUUGCUCCCCCCGGGACUGCAAGAAGACAGAGCCAGCCGGUUGCAGAUCUUCGAAGACAACAAGACGACCAACUCGGGGCUGGAGAUAUGGCCCAUCCCGCAGAACACGAUGGAUGUGUCGCCCGAGGAGCGCCUCGCGACGUACGAGCGGCUGUACGGCGGGGGUGGACUGUGGUUCUGGAACACAAACUACCAGGAUCUGUUGGUGGAUCCUGUCGCGAAUCGCGAGGCGUACGAUUUCUGGGCGAAGAAGACUCGGGCGAGGAUAAACGAUCCGCGCGCGCGUGAUCUGCUGGCUCCGCUGGAGCCAUUGCAUCCGUGGGGCGUGAAGCGGCCGUCGCUGGAGCAGAAUUACUACGAGUUGUUCAACAAGCCCAAUGUGCGACUUGUGAGCACCCGCGAAAGCCCUAUCGUCGAAAUCCGGCCCAAUGGUAUCGUGGCGGAGGAUGGGCAGUUGUACGAGGUGGAUAUGAUCGCCGUCGCGACGGGUUUUGAUACCGUGACGGGUGGGAUCAAGGAUGUGGGGAUCAAGGACAAAUAUGGGUUUGAUGUCGCCGACCAGUGGAAUAAGCAGGGGGUGCGGACCCAUCUCGGGAUGAUGGUUGGUGGGUGUCCGAACCUGUUCAUGCCAUAUAGUGCGCAGUCGCCAUCUGUGUUUACGAACGGCCCGACGUCGAUUGAAUUCCAGGUGCGGUGGAUUGCUGAUGUCAUUCGGAAGAUGCGGGAACUUGGAGUACGCGCGGUCGAUGUAAGCAAAGAGUCGGAGCAGGCGUGGAAGAAGGAAGUCACAGAGAUUGCGAAUAUGACUCUAUUGCCUAAAGCCAAGUCGUGGUACAUGGGUGCGAACAUUCCAGGGAAGCCGGUGGAGCCACUGUUUUACCUUGGUGGGAUGCUGCUGUACCGCGAGAGGUGUUUAGAGACUUCUCGUGGGGAACUUGAUGGUCUUGUUAAGAUGUGA